GUCGCCCACGGCCCUCUCUGCGGGAGCAUGGACCCCGAGCCCGAGGCACCAGGGUCGUGCUCGCCGAAGAGCCCGAAGAGCCCGGGGAAGGGCUCGCCGGGAGCUCCGCCAGCGAAGUGGAGCCUCCACCGCCGCCGCGGCAAGGGACUGCACGUGAGGAUCUGGGAGUAUGGUGGCGCGAGCUGGCUGGAGUCGCACAUCUACAGCCACUGGCUCGAGGCCGACUGCACAACGGACGGUGACCACAUGGACGUGCACCUGCCGUCGGUCUCGGUGCAGGGCAUCAUGCAGCUCCGGGGCUGCCUGGACCACCCCAAGGCCCUGUGCCUGGACCCGCCCUCGAACGGCGCCGCCGAGGACUCCUUCCUCUGGGACACCCUGUGCUCGCUGCUCGACGGGCCCGUCGCCGUCGAGGCCCGGCAGGCGCUGGGCAAACGCCGCAGCCCGUCCAAGCCAUCGCUGGAGCCCUCGCGGCCGAAGUCGCCGGCCCUGGAGAUGAUGCAGCCCGAGGUGGGCGCGGAGUGCAUGGACAUCUCAAUCUGCGUCCUCGAGGGUCUCCAGAAAGGCUCCAGCCCGAUUCUGCUGAUGAUGCGGUGCGAGAAGCCGCUGGACGCGCUGCGCUACGCCGCCCUUGUCGUCUGCUCCAGCCCGGGGGGGCCGCAGGCGCUCCAGGCGGCGCGCGAGGUCGCAAAGGCGCUCGCCACGGCGUUCGUGGACGAGCGCUUCGUCCACGAGCACAAGCUGCCGCGCACCGAGGGCCGCGGCAAGGGCAGCCCCGACUGCCUCACGAGAAUCUCAGCCAUGGCCGCCUCCGAGGUCGAAGAGCUCGAGCGCCAGCUGGAGGCCGUCCCCUCGUUCCCGUCGCAGCAGUCAUAUGAUGGCGACCAUCCUACUCCUGUUUCUCUCCCUGAUGGUGAUUUUCGAACCUACGUGGAUGCCCAGAAGCAGGAGAUCCUCUCGGCGAUGCAAACCUUGCAGGCCACCAUGCUCAAGCUCAACCGCUCUGUCACGGCACACGUCGGUGGUCUCAGCCAACAGGUUGAAGCUAGGCUCGCCAAGAUGGAGGCCAGCCAGAACACGUUCAGUUCCAGAAUGGACACCAUGGCGAAGGAGAUCGCCGAGGUCAAGAAGUCCCUGUGUGCCGUUCAGAACGACGAGCCGCCUGCUGCCCCGCCCAGCGGCGGUGGCUUCGAGCGGCGCACCCACCCAUGCAUCCUCGUCGUCCGUGCUGCUGAGAUGGUCUCACGUGAGGCUAUCACCCAGGCAGUUGCUCAGUGGCUCGCGGACUCCAACUUCGAAGAGGGCGGCUGGCGCGUCGAGGGCGACCCCGCCGCGAAGCGCUUCACCAUCCGCAUCAGAGGCGCGCCUGGUUGGGCUGCGCGCAUGGUGUCCCAGGCGCUCUCCAACAUGCGCCUCGACGACGGCACCUACCGCCGCAUGCAGGCGCGAGGACCGACUGGCCAGCCAGUCGACUUGUACGUUUCCGAGGACAAGAACCUGUUCCAAGUCCGCCGCGAGCUCGCGACCAAGCAGGCCCGCAAAAUCCUCUCCUCCUUCGACCCCAACCUCAAGCUCCAUGCCGACAAGUCCACGGGCAUUGUUAGCUGCGAGUGGAAGCCCCUCCUCCGCAUCACCCCCAAGCCGAAUGAGAUGCCGACCAUUGAAUGGGAGGAGGACAACCUCCGCGCGAAGGGCCUCGAUCGGGCUACAGUUGAACCUAGGAGCGUCUUCGAGCACCCUGACUUUCAGAGAUACGGUGAGGAGUUCUGGCCCUCCCUGGACCUCUCCGAGCUGAGCCCCUCUCUGAUCCUUGAGCUUUACAAGAAGGUGCUCCGAGAAGGCGCCCGUUACGCCAGAAACGCUUUGCUCUCCAAGCACCAGCUGAAGCUCCCGGUCGACAUCGGCAUGUUCUUCUUCGGCCUUGCCAACGCUGGCGUCAAGCUGGGUUCGGUGGGUGGCGUUACCACUUGCGUCUUGGGGUCCCUCAUCGUAGGCAAGACCCUGGGUGUCGCAGGCUUCGCGAUCCUCGCGCACUGCUGCGGCUUCGGCCUCCCAGACGGCAUCGUGAUGAGCGACCUGUUCGCGAUGGGGGCCCUGGCUGGCGUCGGGCUCACCGUGGCCCUCUUCGUGUCGAACGAGGCCUUCACAGAUCCUGGGCUUCAGGGUCAGGCUAAGAUGGGGGCCUUACUCUCCAUCGGGUCUGCUGGGUUUUCUUGGCUCAUCAGCGCGGUCCAUAAGAAGUUCUGCGCGCAGAGCCGUGCAAGCGGCGAAGCCGUCGCAGAGGACGGAGACGACGACGAGGAUGAGGACGAUGGGUUCGAAGAGGUGAUCACCCACGAGAUCAUUCAGCAGAUGUGGGAGUUCAGGCGCUACAAGGCGAGAGGGCACGAGCUGACGGUUGAGCAGAUGGCGCGCACGCUCUCGAAGAACGUCCGCUCGAUCUCCAAGAGCGACCGCCCGGUCACGAGCGAGUCCGUCGGGUCGGACAACGUCGUGCGCCAGAUAUCGACGCCCUCCAACGGGACCCGGCCGCCGGGCUCCGCGAGAGCGUCGGGGGCGCUGGAGAAGCUGGGGCCCUCCAGGUCCGAGCGGAGGCGCAGCUCCAGGAAGCACGCCACCUGGGCGACGACGCACCUCCGGCCGCCGGGGACGCCGGGGACGCUGGCGUGA